AUGACUGAGUCACAGUGGGUGCAAUCUGCUCCCGGAAGGGAAAAGCGCAAACGCGCUGGCCUCGCGUGUGUCUCAUGCCACUCUAAGAAGUUGAAGCCCAAAGCAGUUGCAGCAACUGCACGUCAACAGGGAGAGUCUGUAGCCUACAGCCCUCGGCCAUCUAAGCGUGAAAAGGGUCGGCUGCCUCCUGAUACUGAACAAUCACCGGCGUCUCCCCGUGCCGCCGAUCCUCGUGGCGACGACCGGGUCGAGAUUGCAUCCUCACACUUCAGCGUAGCGCAAACCAAGAUUAGCAUUGACUCUGGUGAUGUGUACAUGAAUGUGGACCAAGAUGCUUCACCUCAUAAUCUAGCUCAGCCAAGCUUCCUCGACUUCGAUUCAGGGUUCCUUUCACAUGCAAAGCGGAUGACUUUCAACACAACUCAAGCUGCUCGAGUACCUGAGCAAACUAGGUCCAAAAAGGCACAAGUUAGCAGCACCCCGUCGGUGGUGGAUGCUUGGUCGUCCGGCUGGGUUCCAUCAUCCCAUGAGCAGUCACAUAAAACCCAAAAGGAAUUUGUAUUACGCCCAGCUUGUGAUCAAGCAAAGAGCAGGACUAGUACACCCACACACGAUGCUGUAGAAUCAUCGACGGGAUCUGAGAAGAACGAGCCGAGUAGCCCUGUCAGUCUACAGCCGCAUCUACGCCAAAGCUUUACGGAAACAUACUUUGAAUACUGCUAUACCUGGUGUCCAAUACUCGAUAAAUCGACUUUGUCAAGGGAACUCGCAGAAUCACCAUUAUUGGAUAACGCAAUUGCGAUUUUGGGGAGUCACGUUUGUCCGCCCCUGAUACCACACGCAGGGCCGUCAACUUAUUACGAUCGCGCUCGGCGACUUUUCUAUGAUGAAGAGGAGGAAGGCCUGGUCGUCACCCUAAAAGCUAUCUCCCUCUUUUACUGGUGGGCACCCAAACCACCUUCGGUAAUACACAGACACUCAUCCUGGUGGUGGACUUCUAUUGUCAUUAAACUGGCUCAACAAGCUGGCAUUCAUCUCGAGUCCGUUACCGAUGUGUCUAGACAUGGAAUCCAGCCAUAUAUUUUGCGACGAAUAUGGUGGACUGCUUUCGCUCGAGAGCGUUUGACCGCGAUCUGCCAGGGUAAGCCGUGUCUCAUAGACCCCGAGGACUGUAAUAUACCACCACCAUCUGUGCAAGAUUUCCCGGAUCUGGAAGAUAAGAACAAAGCCGAAGUAUUUGUGUAUUGGGUUCGGCUAUGCACUAUUAUUGGGCGCAUCGCCAAGAGACUGUCACGCUCAGCAAAAUCACCGUCGACCACUAAAGACUUCCCUGCGGAUUUGGGGAAAGAACUCAUUGAUUGGGUUCGAUCACUUCCGCUCCAUUUGCAACUUCACAUUGGGUCUCGCCAUACACCGAACUUCAACCGUGAUGUACACCAGCUGCAUCUACCUUAUCUCGCCGUAAUAAUAGUGCUUCAUCUGACGAGAUCGUCACAAUCCCUGCCGCAGGCUUUGCCACCCGCCACGGUCGCCGGCUCCUGUAUUGCCCGCAUUCUCAAAGAUCUCUUGGUGAGGAGUGAGAUCAGAUCUUUGCAGCCGAUUACUUGUUGGUACGUUGGCAUGGGAUUUAUGGCUCUUUUGCAAGCAUCCAGGAGCGAAAGCCUCAAGGACGGCGCCACUGCGGAUCUAGAUAUUCUGGUCCUCUCCAUCAAAGAGUUGAAAAAGAUGUGGGCAACUGCCGGGCUUUUUGACCAGACCUUUGACCGGCUUCGAUCAAAUGACAAGUGCCUGGGUUCGGAGGACUUUCCCAACCGUCACUUGGGAAAUGAACAGUCGGCUCGAGCUCUCAACUCGGAGGAAGUAGUUUUGCACAGUGACAUAGACUGGAUGGAUUACUUCCCUUUUGUCUCCAGUCAGACGAGCGUCGUCGCCGGGAAGCUUCUGGUCCAACAAAAGAAAGACGUGGGUUUCAUUUUCUGGGAUGGCUUGGGUGACAUGGGCUCCGACACAAUUCCCAAUUAUCAGGACUUUAUGGAAGGACUUGAGAGCUGGGCUGAUCCCAAUGCCUUCCUGUAA